CUCUUCUUUACUUGCGUCAUUUUACGCAGAACUGAAACGUCAUCACCCAGAACUUAGACUAGAACCAAACUAGUUCAGACUGAAGGGGCCCCUCUAGCUGGGAGGGAGAGAGGGAGGGAGGGAGGGUGUUUUUAAACCUGCACACAUAUCAGUUCCUGCCUGACUCACCCCAACUAUUCAACUUCUUCAAGGCCACUCCAGUCUAAAGAAUGGUGGACUGAGACUUCAUGCCAUUUCGCAUGCUUUUUGGGGUGGUUUAAAUCCCCACCUUUUUCUUUGUCAGUCAAUGUAGGGGCCGGUGGGUUGUAUCGGAUAGAAACGAAAUGAAACUUGGGCUUUUCUGUCAUUGUUCAGUCACACUCCUUGUUUUUUUUUGUGUGUGUGUGUGUGCGGUUUUCAGCUGUCCGUAGUUCUUUUGUUAUCAGGUCAGUGGUUCGCUGUUGAUGUUUUCUCUCCUCCCGUCUAGAGUGUGUGUGCUGGGGUGGCUGGCAGUGCUGUGUUUAUGACUGAACUGCAGGGUUCCCUGGCAGUGCUCUGACUUCUGUGUGAGUGUGUGUGUGUGUGUGUGUGUGUGUGUGUGUGUGUUUGUGCUUGCAUGCAUGUCUGUGUGUCCAGUGUUGUGCCUUCGACCCUUUGGCCCUGCGUUGUGCACAGUUUACUUCCCUUAUUGUCCAAGCAGAGAGGGUGCUCUCAGCAGAAGGUAUGGGGACCGAGGUCCCCCAGAUCAUAUACAAUAUGAGGGUAUGGUCACAGCCCACCUGUUUGCCCGUGUGUGUGUGUGUGUGUGUGUGUGUGUGUGUGUGUGUGUGUGUUUAGUAUAGUCAUUAAUUAGAUGGUCAAAUCUUUUUGCCACUGUUACUGACUUAUUCUGUGUCCUCCCCUGAACUCCCCCCCCCCCCCCCCCCCCCCCCACACACACACCUCUUGCAUGUUAAGGCUUUCACUGCCUCCUUCUCUCUGUUUAGUAUGGGAAGAAAUGCAUAAUCACUCAAGGCUGCUCUUUUCUAGCUCCACACAUCCAGGCCUGAAACAACUAAUUCAAAAAUACCAUCUACUUCUACAUUAAUGGCACUUGCCCUGUAUCUACGCAACAUCUGACAUGUAAUCUUGAAUGCUGAGCAAGGCCAGUGACAUUACCUGUAUAUGGCAUCGGACAGAUGCCAUCUAAUACCAUGUUUUGGUUUAGUUCUAUUUUGUGCAACACAGUAAGACAUGGAACAUUUGCAAACAUAAUUGAGCACCGACAUUCCUUUAGGAUCCCCUUCCACCACCUGCUCCCUCACGUUUAAGUUGUUUGAUGUUAAACAAAAAGAUGUCAAGGCAAAAAAAGUACUGUUUUCUCUGUGAUGAACGUAAUUAUACUAUGUACUAUCUUACAAACUCUGGGGAUUUAUUAAAAAAAAAAAAAAACAGUAAUGAUCUAAUAUUUGGCACGAGAACCCUGGGAGCAUGCAUUGUAUUAGAGAUUCUAAUGUUGUGUUCUGGGAUAUGUAUGGCAUUUGUAUCACUGUCGAGUCUAAAUGGUGCAUGGAAUAAGAAUGAUGCUGGAUAAGCAAGACUUGGUGUUCAAUGUGGAAUUGCUCUGCAACUCUUGUCCCCUUAAAAAAAGCUUUCCACAUAUCCUUUGUUAGUCCAGUCAAAUUAAAUUAUAAAACACAAGCUGGCUUCUAAAUGCUAAUAACUAUCACAAUCCUGGUUGACGAUUUGCCCUGGUGGAGUUUGGAUUAACAGACUGGAUGUUGUUGAUGACAUGGAGUGACAUGUUGUGGACAGGGGCUGUAGAUCAUUACUGUGACAUUUAAAUGUAUUACUGAUAGCAAAAUCCAUGCAUAAAAUAGGUAGGAGAGAAGGAAUGAUUCAGAGUCUGCCACAAGUUUUGUCAGCACCAUCUGCAUGCUUUUAUAUACAUACUCUCUCCCAACAAGCAUUGCGAACAUAAGUGAGAAUUCAUUAAAUACAGUUGUUUUGAGUGUGUUGAGUUUUGAUCAGUAUUGAUGUCAAAUGUGAAUUCUGUCCGUUUGGAGACCGUGGAGUUCAGUGUUGCAGAUCCGACUAGUUUCGGUCAGAUUGUCCUUUCAUUUUUUUCUUUUUGUUUUGUUUUUAUUUUGAAUUUGUCUUCUGAUGAUACUUUCAACAUUAAGAUGGCAACUACAAAAAUAUCAAAGUCUGAUUUUUAUCAUAAACUGUGUUUGUGUUUUAAAAAAUGUGAGUCCCUCUUGUUUCUGCAGUGCCACUUGAGUAUGAAGGCUCUAUCAUGGCCCCUUUGUGAAAUGAUUUGUCCUUGUUACUGAACUUGAAGAUAUUCCAAGUAGUACAGUGCCAAACUAAACUUUCUUAUCAAAUCAGUUAAUGAAGCAACUCUGAUUAUACAUGCCAAAGGGCAUUUUAAUGGGCUUUCUACAAGCAUGCUUGCUAGGGUCGUGGAAUUGUAUAUCUGUUUUAUCUCCUGAAGAUCAAACAUUAGUAUUUUAUUGAUGUUUUAGUUAUUCACUGAUCUUUUACUUUAAUUUAGCCUAGAAGACAUGGCAGCCCGAUGAUAUUGUCUUCAUUUAGUCUACAGUUGAUAAGGUCUAUAACACCCUCAUCACUUCCAGUAAUGGUCGUCCCGAAGUCUUAUUUGGGCGCCUACCCUGUACCAACAUACCAAGGCUGGUUUAAACGCUCGGAGCUACAGUUACAGUCUCUCACUUCACAGCCAUGUUCUCUCGUUGCUCACAGUCUACUCGUUUCCACGUCAGUUGUCUUUUGGACAUCAUUUAACUGUACUGUGCCUGCGCAACUGUGCAGAGAGAACAGCGUAUGAGUAAAGGCUUCGAAUAAUGUUGUUUUUCACCUUUAGCACAUCAUUGCGUCUCUCGGCCCUUACGUCCUGUCUCCACCCACCCGCCCCCCGAUCAGGAACAUGAUCCUUUGACGGGCAGAGCGGAGGCAAGUGCUGUCCAGAUGAAGUGGAAUGGACGAGUAAAAGAAAGAAAUGGCUGUCCAGAGGAAUACGCCCAUUGGGAAGUAAAGACACAGCUGACCAAGAAGAGACCAUUUGAGAUGGAAUGUUGUAGUCAGUGUGCUUUUCAGGGGCAAAUAUUGACUGGCAGUGCCAAGCCUUUGCCCACAAAUCCUAGGAGAUGAUGAUGAACAAUAGUGAGAAGGGUGAGAGUACCGACUGCUGCCCUCAGGAGGCCACUCCGGCACCUCAGCAGGAGCCCUCCACCCGGGACCCUGGGCCCGGAGAACCAGCAGAGGAAGAGUAUGAAGAGGGGGAUGUGGUGUCACAGGGGUCCCCCUCUACCAGGCCACAUCCAGGAGCCAUUGAGGCACCGGAUGGGGGUUGGGGCUGGGUGGUGCUUGCAGCCACUAUCAUGGUGCUGGCCCUAACACUUGCCUUCCCAUCCUGUGUGAGCAUCUUCUACACGGACCUUCAGGCAGAGUUCAAUGCUACCAACAGUCAGACGUCCUGGGUGCCUUCCAUCAUGACUUCAGUGCUCCAUGCUGGAGGUCCACUCUGCAGCAUGUUAGUACAGCGGUUUGGUUGCAGGGCCACAGUUAUGUUUGGGGGAGUGAUGAGCGGGCUGGGGAUGACCUUCAGCUCCUUCACAAACUCUAUGGAGGAGCUGUACAUCACUGCAGGGGUCAUCACAGGUCUGGGCUUCUGUUUCAGUUUCCAGCCUGCUGUCACUAUUCUGGGUCAGUAUUUCGUGCGCCGCCGACCUUUUGCCAAUGCCAUGUCAUCCACUGGAACAGCCCUGGGUCUGUCUGUACUGCCAUUCCUAGGCCACUACCUCCAUAGUCAGUUUGGCUGGCGGGGCAGCUUCUUGGUGCUUGGGGCUGUGUUGCUCAACUGCUGUGUAUGUGGGGCUGUCAUGAGGCCCCUGGGACCCCGGAGGAAGCGAAGCGUUGGGGCCACGGCUGCUCCCUCAGCUAACGGCAACACGGAGUCCUCCGGGAAGCGGAACAGUGUGGUACAGUCGUGGUGUAAGAGUGCGGCAAUGACUUUGCACAAGAACAUGGCCUUUGACCUAUUCUGCAGCAAUCUCCGCUUCCGCAUGUUUUCACUGGGCAUCACGUGGAUGAUGCUGGGCUUCGUGGUGCCGCUAGUGUAUUUGGUGCCCUACGCCACCACCUCGGGCAUGGCGCAGAGCCGUGCCGCCCUGCUGCUCUCCAUCCUGGGCAUCAUAAACAUCUUCAUCCGCCCACCCAUUGGCCUGCUCUUCAACAUGCCAUGGUUUAAAGGCCGCCACAUCUACGUGUUCAGCGCCGCCCUGCUGUUCAACGGCCUGAGCAACAUCAUCUGCUGCAUGGGGCCGAGCUUCGAGGUGCUCCUGGCGUACGUGCUGACCUACGGGCUGUCCAUGGCGGUGGUGGGCUCGCUGCUCUUCACUGUGCUCAUGGACACGGUGGACAUGAGGCGCUUCCAGUCAGCGCUGGGGCUCCUCUCUGUCAUGGAGAGUGUCACACUGCUCAUCGGACCUCCACUGGCAGGCGUCCUAGUGGAUCGAAUGGGCGUCUACACACACGUCUUCGUCGCCUGCAGUGUCACUGUAGUGACAUCUGCACUCUUUCUCAUGCUGUCAUUCUACUGGCUGGACCGCAGGGAUGCCAAGUGCAAACAGGAACAGCCGGCAGCCCCCAACGGACACCCGCCAAAGGCUUGUGUCACCCUGGUUCCGGAGUGCCAGUACCGCAGUGUGCCCACAGAGGGCGCCAGAGACACCGGUGGAGCCGAGUCCGAGACAGCCACCGUCACCCGUCUGUGAGUGAAAGUGAUCCUGUGUCUGACCCAACACUCCUGAACACAUCCACACAGCGUAGUGGAGUUGUACACGGGUUUGUGUUGAGCUACAGUAUUUCACUGUGACACAACAUGUGUUUUAAGGUCAGGAUUCAGGAGCCUUACCUGUUUUUAUUCAGCCUUAAUUAAUGAUCUAAUAAUAGAUGUCCUCAAAGGCACUGUGUUUUCACUCAUGACUGUCUUCAUCUGCUACUUACAUGUGUGAAAGUACAUCAGCCUGGCAGUAAUAUAACAGAAGUACCAAGCGGCCUUAUGGACUACGCUUCCUCAAAGCUGGCACCCACUGUGCAAAAAGGGGGAAGUAACUUUUGUUAUACACUGGACAGAUAGUAAUACUGCUGCAAAAGAACGUGUACAUGUGAUAUUUAUGGAAUUUAAUAACACAAGCUGUGAUAUUGAAUGACCAUAAGAAAUUAUGUUUUCCUGCUGUGAAUUCAGGCUCAAACCAAAUGAAACAUGGUUUAUGUAGGAUCAGUGUCUGUUCUACAUCCACACCACAAUCACUGAAUGAGGCUUUCAAGCCAAAACCUUAUGGUGCCUUUAACCGUUGUGACUGAGAGACUCAGAUAUAUGCCUGGCCGCCCCUCGGGCAGGGUGACCCUGGGUGUACAACUGGUGUUCUUCGACUGAAGUCCAUGAUUCCUCAGAAACUUCCACACAAGUUCUCCUCUGACAAAAUAAAACAACAAACUUCAUGUUUGUCUAUUUAUCUAUCUACCUAGAUAUCUAUCUAUCUCUCGAUAGGUCGAUCAAUCGAUCUACAUAAAUAAAUAUAUUCCUAUAUCUACCAAACAGUCUGUUUAUAUAUCUAUAUAUCUGUCUAACAACUGUACAGGUGAAUGACUGUGCCUUUCUAGGCAUCUGCUGCACUAACCACCAGCAACAUUCUUACUGCUGCUUCAGGCUUUAUUGCUGUUACGUGUCUAUGAGGCGUGUUAGGUAUCACUAUUCACUACUGUCUGAAUAUGUUUAUUUUGUACUGGAGGUAGCGCUAAUCUGGCCUUUCUAGGUGGGCCUUGCUGUUAUUCAUCAAUAUUUAAAGGGAUGGAUCAUCCAAAGCUGCAGUUGAAUGUUCUGGAAGUACUUAUGGAUUGAGAGGUGACUUGUUUCUAGUCACUGAUUAUUUAAAGCCUCAAAGGUUGACAAAAUGUAUGUAAACUUCCUUCCAACCAGUGAGGAUUUUCUACAUGGGAAUGCUCCAGAGGUAUUUUUCAGGUAUGUUGCAUAGAGAAUGGAGCUGGAGAUGUAUUUUAAUCAUAUACUGAUCAUUUUGGUCACAGCUUUAGGUUUUUUAAUAAACCAGUAUAUUUGUGGCACUUCAGUCACAUUGUUUGCCAAAAAAAGUUUAUAAUAUGAACUUUGUAUAUUUAGAGAAGGCCAUUGUAUAAAUUACUUCAUAUGUAUAGAAUGUAUUUAUGACAAAUAAAUAUUAAGUAUAUGCCUGA